AUGCCCGCAACGAAGCCGCGAGUCGUCUGUCUAGGUGAGCCCAAAUUCGUGGGCGAGGAUUACCUCGAGAAGUUCCAGACAGAAUUCCGAUACUCCGUGCUGCCCGCAACCAACCGCGCAGAGACACAGCAGAUGAUCCCAGAAGACAUAAAAAAGAAUGGCCCAAUUGACGCUUUCAUCAUCCGCAUGGGCACCCCACCAUACGAGCCCUUUGAUGAGGAUUUACUCAAGGACUUGGUCCCCGGUUGUAAGAUCAUCACAUCUGCCAGCGCUGGCUUCAAUGAGUUCGAUGUCGACUGGAUGGCCUCCAAGGAUAUCUGGUUCUGCAACACCGUCAACGCCGUGGCAGAGGCUACUGCCGAUAUGGCUAUAUUCCUGACUUUGGCCGUGCUCCGGAAUACCACUAAUGCUGAGAAGAGUGCACGCAACGGUUCCUGGAGAUCAGGCGCUGGCUUGGUGCCCGGCCGCGACCCUGGCGGAUUGACGCUCGGUAUUGUAGGCAUGGGGGCUAUUGGAAAGUACAUGGCCAAAAAGGCUCUAGCAUUCAAUAUGAAGAUCACAUACUACAACCGCCGACAACUCCCCGCUGAGGAAGAAGCCAAGUACAAUGCAACCUACUGCUCGACGCUGCACGAACUCCUCGGCGAGGCCGACGUGGUGUCACUCAACUGCCCGCUGAACAACGAAACCACCAACCUGAUCGGAGCGGCCGAGUUCGCAGCUAUGAAAGACGGCGUAUUCCUGGUCAACACAGCUCGUGGCCCUGUUAUCCACGAGCCCAGUCUCAUUGAGGCACUCGAGAGCGGAAAAGUGGCUCGCGCAGGGCUUGACGUCUUUGCCAAUGAGCCUAGUCCUGAUCCAUACUUUUUGAAGAGUGAUAAGGUUGUUGUUCAGCCUCAUUUGGGUGGGUUGACGGACGUUGCUUUCAUGAAGGCUGAGCGAGAGUGCUUUGAGAAUAUCCGUGCUCUUUUCACCAAGGGCAAGCCAAAUUCGCCUGUACGGGAAAUAAAGGCCAAGGUAUAA